UUCAUGGUGCAGACGAGCCGUCGUCUUCUCGCAUGCACAUCGAGAAGCAGCGCUACGAUGGCUGGUAUAACAACCUGGCGCACCAGGACUGGGGAGCUGUUGAAAGCCAACUGGUGCGCAAGGCGCCCUCGUCGUAUGCGGACGGUGUCUACAUGAUCGCCGAGGGGCGGCCGAGCGCGCGCUCCCUGAGUCAGGAACUGUUCAAGGGCGAGGACGGGCUGCCUUCCUCCAGGAACAUCACUGUGCUCUUCGUCUUCUUCGGCCAGGUGAUUUCAUCGGAAAUCUUGAUGGCGAGCGAACCAGGCUGCCCCAUCGAGUUUCACCGCAUUCCUAUCAGCCGCUGUGACGAAAUGUAUGACAGCAAGUGCACGGGCCAGCGGUACAUGCCCUUCCACCGGGCUCACUACGAUGUCAAGACCGGACAGUCACCAAACAACCCCAGGGAACAGACGAACCUGGCGACCAGCUGGCUUGACGCCUCGUACGUGUACAGCACCAGCGAGACCUGGGCCAACACGAUGCGCUCAUUCGAGAAUGGCACCUUCCGCGUGGCCGAAGAUGGCCUGCCACCCAAGAACAAGGAGCGAGUCCCGCUGUUCAACUCGCCUCCGGCACGCUACCUGGGCGUCAUGAACCCAGAGCGCAUGUUCAUUUUGGGCGAUCCGCGGACCAACCAGAACCCUGGCCUGUUGGCGUUUGGCAUCCUAUUUUUUCGCUACCACAACGUGCACGCCCUGCGCAUUAAGGCUGAGCACCCGGACUGGACCGACGAAGAUAUUUUCCUGCAUGCCAGGAGGCACGUUAUUGCAGCACUGCAGAACGUCAUCAUGUACGAGUACGUGCCGGUGCUGUUGGGCGAGAAUGUCACCGAUUACACUGGAUACAAACCGGAUGUGCAUCCAGGCAUUAGCCACGAGUUUCAGGCAGCCGCCUUCCGGUUCCCCCAUACAUCUAUUCCUCCUGGCAUCUACCGCAGGGAUGGCUCUUGCCGUUUUCUUGACACAAAGAAUGGAUUCAAAGCCUUGCGGUUGUGCUCCACCUGGUGGCUUUCCGAGGAAGUGCUCCCUGCUUCUGGCAUUGACGAGCUCAUCCUGGGAAUGGCGUCUCAAAUCGCCGAGAAAGAAGACCACAUCCUCUGUUCGGACGUAAGGGACAAGCUGUUCGGCCCUGUGGAGUUUACGCGUCGUGACCUUGCGGCAUUGGACAUUAUGCGGGGCCGGGACAACGGGCUUCCAGACUACAACACAGUGCGCCGUCACCUGGGCUUACCGCCAAUCACCAACUGGACACAGAUCAACGAGAAACUCGCCCGCACAAACUCGGAGCUGUUCGACAAGCUUCGCAAGUUGUACCGUGACCAGCUGGACAAGGUGGAUCUGUUCGUGGGUGGCAUGCUGGAGUCCGACGAAGGCCGGCCUGGCCCGCUUUUUCGCAAAAUUAUCCGGGAGCAGUUCGAACGCCUCCGGGAUGCCGAUCGCUUCUGGUUUGAGAACCGGCAAAAUGGAAUGUUCUCGGCAAAAGAAAUCGAUAGGCAUCCGGAAGAUCCGCAUAUUGCUGCUUCUGCACAGCUGCACUUCGCACUGGAAUCGGCGCAGAUCAUCGCACGUGCAUACGUGAUCACCUGGCCACAAGCAAACUGCGACCAGGAGGUGCUACCGUCAGCUGUUUUCCGGCGGCACUGCAGCAUCACGGGAUAG